UGACUUUCUUGUUUUUUUCCACAGGAUCUUUUGCCAUUCAGGCUGAUAAAAAGUCUCCAGCUGAGACAAAGACGGCCAAACAUGUGGGGAUGAUUGCUGGAGGGACAGGAAUCACACCGAUGCUGCAGCUCAUCACAGCAGUGAUGAAGGAUCCUGAAGACCAGACUGUUUGUCACCUGCUCUUUGCCAACCAGACGGAGAAGGACAUCCUGCUGCGGCCAGAGCUGGAGGAGAUUCAGGUGAACCACCCUGACCGAUUCAAGCUGUGGUUCACCCUGGACAGAGCUCCUGAGGAGUGGGAGUACAGCCAGGGCUUCAUCAGUGAGGACAUGGUGCGGGAACGCCUCCCUCCUCCCGGCGAGGACACCCUCGUCCUCAUGUGUGGACCCCCGCCCAUGAUCCAGUUCGCCUGCAACCCCAACCUGGACAAGGUCGGCCACGCCGAGAGCCGCAGGUUCACCUUCUAGACGAGAGGUUUGGAGACAACUACAGAGCGCACUUAUGUUAAAUUCUCGCUCCUGCUAUAAAAAAAAAAGCAUUAAAGCACUCGUAUACUUUGACACUCUUCACGCAGCAGUAGUUUGGACCAAUGAAUGGACAGAGGACGUUGAUUAUGACUGAAGUGUGUGUGUGUGUGGAAAUUUAGGACGUGAUUCCAAACCAAAAAUGAGAUGCACUGAGGCCUCAGUGUCGGACGAGUUAAGGGUUUUUCGUGCCUUAAACACAUGCAAAGCUUUCCUUAUGCACAGAAAAACAAUCAUGAGUUGUUUUCGUUUAUAUAUCAGAGCAUUUAUAAUCACGGCCGUCAAACGUGUUGGAGUUCGUCUGUCGUGAUGUUAAAACAUGUUUGUAUGAUAUGCAACAUAAAAAAAAAAUCCAUAA